AUGCUAGAAGCAGGUUAUACUUGCUCUAAAGAGAAGGCACCGCCUCUAAUAAAACAUGAAAGGCCUAGAAAAUAUUUAGCUACUAUUAUGCUAGAUAAACAUUUAAAGGAGGCGCGUAAUACUAUAGCUAUAGAGGAUCCUAAAAUAGCUAAUAAAGAUUAUUAUUUAUUACUAGACUUAGCUGGAAUUUAA